UUCGCGGAAUCUAUUCUCUCGGAAGCGUCCUUGAUCGUUCACCGAGUGCACCGACCCAGACGGCAGCAGCGAUGGCCGAUGCGCCGCAUAACGGUCGACGGCGCCCCCCGCCGCCCCCAGCGAUCGGCAGCAUCCAGGACGCCCCGGCCGGGUGGGAGAACAACCUCGAGGCCAUCGAGCUCGCCCGAUUCGCCGUCGUCGAGCAUAACGCCAAGGCCAACGUGUUGCUGGAGUUCGAGAGGCUGGUGAAGGCGAGGCAGCAGCUGGUGGCCGGGUUCAUGCACUAUUUCACCAUAGAGGUCAAGGAAGGCGUGGGAGAACUUCAAGGGGCUCGUGGAAUUCAAGCCGGCCGCCUAAGAUAAAUAUGUGAUCUGAUCUCAAGCUUGUGGUUGGAGCCUAACGAACCUGGCUGUUACGUGUUUUAUGAUGAACUAGCCAAACUUUAUCGAUUUUAGUUUAAAACUUUAAA